CGUCAUUGGAUGGCGCCACUGUUAUUGCUAUUUCGGCUAGCAACUAUCUCAUCCAGCUCACGGGAGCUUGCUGCAUGAAAGUAUUUUGAAUGCAAUCAUAGAUUUUGACGUACAUAAAGUAAAUGAAUUUCCUAGACGAGGAGUAGUUGAACCGUUCGCCGUCGUCAAGCGAAGUUGUCUACCAAAGGGGAGGCCCAUGGAGUAUGCCGUGGAGACAGUGGAUAGUUCCCCGACUGUUACACAAAACAAAGUCACAAAAUCUGAAAUGGACAUUACCACCACCUUAUCAGAAAAAGACAAACCUAUUAAGUCUUCAGUGGUAACGGCUGUUUUAGAAAGCAAGGAACAAACCCCGCCAGCAGCGCAGGACAAGGAAGCCAGUAUAGUUAGAGAAAGCAAGAAAACGACAGCAGCAGAUGAUGAUGAUGUCACUAUUGUUUCUGAAAGCAAGAAACCAACGAUAGCAAAGCUGGCAGUCGAGACUGUGGAGAAUGCCUCUAUCAUUUCAGAAAGCUCUUCACAUGAAGGCCAUCGCCUGUGGAUUGGGAACAUCGAUCCCAAAAUCACAGAGUAUCACCUGGUGAAGCUUCUGGAGAAAUUUGGCAAGGUGAGGCAGUUUGACUUCCUGUUCCACAAGUCAGGACCAAUGGAGGGCCAGCCCCGAGGAUACUGCUUCGUUAAUUUCCACACCAAAGAAGAGGCCGAGAGGGCGAUCCAUUGUCUGAAUGGGAAGUUGGCCUUGUCUAAGAAGCUGGUUGUGCGCUGGGCUCACGCACAGGUAAAGAGGUUUGAAGGUUUCCGGGGGGACAAGAACGGCCCUGCCAGCCUGGAGCCGUCGUGCAGCGCCGAACUGGACCUGCCCACCAACCUGAGUACGAGUGCGAAGAUCCGUGCCAUCGAGGCAAAGCUUCAGAUGAUGGAGGAGAACCCAGACGAGGAGUACCAGGGCCCCUCUGCCUACAUGUACAACAAACCCCCGGAGAAGAAACGCCCACAGCCCUACAGCAGACCCUUCCGCAAGUUCAGGAGAUGACACUCAUAGGCAGGGCACAGACCAUUCGACACCUCGCAAAAUUCCGGCAAAUUUCCCCAAAUUCCCAGGGUUUCCAGAAAUACAUGUUCAAAGAUUGCUGAUAUCAGAUGGAAAUAAACAGAAACUUCAGAAUCCUCCAACCAGGAUUCCUGGAAAACUUGGGAAUUAAAAAAAUAAGCUUACUGAAUUUUCCAGCCCUUCAAUGCCUAACUUAAGGCAGUGGCAUUCUCAAAUCGGUCUCCUGUAAUGAGUUGAAAGACUUAGUUACACUUGAAGUGCUUACCAUUGUUGCCACCAUGCUAACGUAUAUAUUGAUAAUUAAGUUAUUAUUACACCCUAGUGGGAGUAGCUUGAUUGCCAGUCAGUUUGUGCUAUCUUAUCAACUCCUUGUCACACAGUGACAAUAACUGCAAUGAAGAUGGCACAAACAGAACUGUUACCAGGCUAUAACAAUGGGAGGUCAGGCCACCAAACUCAACAUCUGGACUGUAUACCUUCAGGUUUGGACAAACUGGCAGCACAACUUUGCAGUUUUAUAGGUGAAAUCAAAAACUGCACCUGUUUUAAUUUUUUACCUGUGGUAUUUUAUUAUAACUAAGAGGAGUGGGACAUUGUCACAUUGUUUUUUUUCUGGUAAUCGAUCUACUUUUCUACAUCUUUAGUCAAAACUCUUUUUAAAGGCUAUGUAUGAAUGUGUGUAGAAUUAAAUGCCAGACCUUUAUUUUCCUGUUAUAUUUUGUCAUUACAAUAUUCCAAUUUGUUAAUGUAUUGGAUAAUAAUGUUCUACUUGCUCUGUUGCCCUGGUCAACAUCACCGUAUUAUGUUGGGUCUACAGUCACAAAGAGAAAGCGUGACAAAAUCUUGUCUUUAAAACAGCGUGGUUGUAACCAUUCUGUGUCUUCUGAGCAAAUUAUAUGCAAAAGGUAUUAUAUCCAUCACACAUUUGGCUGUUGAAAUGUAAUUUGAUAAGUGGGAUAUUUUUAUCAAUAUUACACAACUAUUUAGGCUCCCAGUAAACCCAACUGCAACUUUCAUAAUCAAUUAUUUGAUCAUUUAAUAAAAAACAUUUGUUCCCUAA